CACGAUCCGGACAUCGUGGUGCCAUUCCGAGUCAGCAAGGAUGGUGGUGCGCGCAUUUGGGACGGGAGUGCUCGCGGCGGCGGGAGCGUACUGGAGCGUCCGCACGUUGGUGCAGGAGCGUACGGGCGACAGCAUGCUGCGUCUCGGUGAGAUGCGCAACCGGUUGAACCCGCCGUUGCGACAAAAGACGAAGAAGGUUGUGAUCGCACCGUACGCGGUCGAGCACGAAUACUACACGGCGGUGCGAGAAGGAUGGAACUCGGGCGUGUUGGCGUUGCGCAAGAACGUGAUCGAGUUCUUCGACGAAAUGGACAAGGCGACCAAGCCCCGUGCUCCGGAAUCUGCCGCGACGACCGUCAACUCGGACGUGUGGACCGUCGAGAAGUAGGAGAUCGAAGCAUGUUAACCCAUGGAUAUUGUUCAUGACGUCCAUUCA